CGCAUGCCCGAGUGUGAAAAGUGCGUUGAGAAUGAUUACCGGCGGAGACCAGCGGAGAGAGAUUAUACGGCUCCACGCAACUGUUGUUUUAAUCCCCUGAGCGAGGAGAUUUGCACAGGAGAAAACACUGGCUUCGAACCCAGCAGCCAUAUUGUAUGGAAAAACGAAGAGAGGACUCUAUUUUUCAAAAACAAAAGUUAAGUCUUUGGUCCAACAACCCUGACAAGACUUUUGACUUUAAAUUCUUCAAGGCCACUGGCGGUGGGUUUCAUGUCGGACAGCUAACUUCGACAGCUGGUUGAGGAGGAGACCGAAGCGAGCGUUCUCAAAUUAUUUGAGCCCAAUUAUUUGUGUUCGAGGCGUUUAUUGAACACGUUGAAAUAUGAAGGACCGAUUGGAGCAACUAAGAGCGACAUGUAAUCAGGACGAUGAUGAAGUGGAGAUUGCUAUGGACAACGCAGCCUUUAUGGAUGAGUUCUUCUCCCAGAUUGAGGACAUCAGGAACAGCAUCGAUAAAAUUGACGACAAUGUGGCUGAGGUCAAAAAGCUUUUCUCUGUCAUUCUGUCUGCUCCCACGUCAGAUCAAAAAACACAGGAUGACUUGGAAGCAAUCACCAAUGACAUCAAGAAAAUGGCAAACAACGCCAGAAAUAAACUCAAGACCAUCGAGAGGAAUUUGGAGUCAGAAGAACAGGAGAGGGUGUCAGCUGACAUGCGGAUACGUAAAUCACAGCAUGCAGUGUUGUCUAGGAAGUUCGUGGAAGUCAUGACAAAGUAUAAUGAAGCUCAGGUGGAUUUCAGGGAGAGGAGUAAAGGACGUAUUCAGCGACAGCUAGAGAUCACCGGAAAGGCGACAACAGAUGAAGAACUUGAGGAGAUGUUGGAGAGCGGCAAUGCUGCUGUGUUUACUGCAGGGAUUGUGGACUCUGGCAUUUCCAAACAAGCCUUGAGUGAGAUUGAAGCCAGACACAAAGACAUUGUUCGUCUGGAAAGUAGCAUCAAGGAGCUGCACGACAUGUUUGUUGACAUCGCCAUGCUGGUGGAGAACCAGGGUGACAUAGUAGACAACAUAGAGCAGAAUGUUUCCAAGUCAGUGGACCACAUCAUGGUUGCUAAAGAGCAGACCAAAAAGGCUCUAAGGUACCAGACCAAAGCACGCAAGAGAUGGGUGCAAGUGGUGCUGAUUGUUCUGGUCUUGCUGGCCGUGCUAGCUCUCAUAAUCGGGUUGUCAGUGGGCCUGACGCGCAGCUGACGAGAUGUUUGAGUAAGACGAUUGCUAAGGGUGAGUAACUCAGGAGCAAAUAACCUCUCACAAAGGGUGGAGGUCUUCAGGCUUCUUUUAAAAAGGGUUUGCAUGGCUUUGCUGUCCCACCAAGGCUUUGUGUUUAAAUGACUUACUGUAUGCGUUUGUGGUGUGACGCUUGGGACGGGUGGGUGUUUUCUCUCACUUAGCCGAGCAAAUGAACAAAGUGGUGCUAGUGGCAACAGUGUUUCCUCUCCUGUGCAAAUAGAGACUUUGAUCUUGUGCUAAUUAUUGUUCUCCCUCUUUGUAGAAGAUGAUCAUUAUCGGUGUCAUCUGUGCAGUGGUCAUUAUCAUCCUGCUCGCCAUCAUCCUCUCACAGACUCUAUAGCAGGACCUCGGUUAUCAUGAUCAUCUUCACUCCAUUCAUCACCCAUGUGCAAACCAAAGAACAGACUUUGACAGCACUGUCGCUUGGGUAACUCUAAUUCAUUAUCUAGUUGAACAUCUGAAGGAAUGGCUUGUGACACAGACUGAUUUAUGAGCUUAAUUCCCUGAAGCUAAAGGCAGUUUGUUCUGCUUCAGAUGAAGAAGCAAGACUGGCGAUGAGCCACAAUGUAGCGCCACUCCAGUGUCUUUUUUCCCCCCCAUUUUGUCGUGCAAGUGGUGGAAAAUGACUCGAUCUGCAACAGGUUAAGGACCUGACUGUCAAAGCACAUCACCUCCCUCCUUAUUUUUACUAUUUGCCUUCUAUGAGCCUUGGACACAUUUCACAAUGAACUGGGAAUUGCAAGGUUCUUGGGAGUUUUGUCACAUUCACAUUGUUGGGUUUUCUCUUUGUCGCCAACCUUGAGCCUUAAAUAUGCCAGUUUAGCUGAAAAAUGCACAUGUGAAGUCCUUGCUCUUCAUUGCAAGUGUGUGAGCAAACAAGCAUGCCAUAAUAAAAAAGAUUUUUAAUGAAAGAUUUUAAUGCCAAGGGCUAAAAAGCCCUCAGGUAGCACCACGAGUAACAAUGAUACCAAAAAUGUUUGUGAAUUUUUUUUACUUAAUGCUGGAUGUGUCUUGCUAAUAAAGUUGCACCAACACAAUGGACAUCAUUCAAAACUAGCCUGGCUGGUGGCUUUUCCCCCCACACCCAACAGUGCUGUUUUAUUCAAAUGAGUUCAUGAAUUUACGCAAAUAAAAUACCAUAUAAAAUA